AUGCCUAAUUCCUCAAAAAAUUUUACUAACUCUCACAUUUCAAAUGGCAAAAUUGAUGUUAUUGAAAUGAAAAGAAGAUCCAAACCUGAAGAAAAUAAUAUUGAUUGUAUGGCUAGUAGCAGUUUUAAAAAUGUUGAAUUGACUGAUGAUACAGAAAAUAUUAGUAUGUUUCAUUUUUUAAAAGGUUUACUUUCUCGCGAGAUAUUUACCAGAGAUGGGCUUUCGGUAAUUCGGGGAUGGGCUUUCGGGUGGUUUACACAGUGGAUACACUUUUUAAAAUACUUUGAUAAUUUUCACAAAUCUUUUAAAGUAAAUGAUCAAGACAACAGCGAUAACGACACCACUUUUGUUGGAAAUGAAUUUGUCGAAUUGCCUCCCCUAACUGGGCGUGAUCCUCAUGGACAUUCAAAUGUGGCUAGGCCUGAGCCUGCUUUAGUACUUUUAUUUCAGGUCCUUUUCCCUUUUAUAAUUGCUGGAUUGGGGAUGGUAUUUGCUGGUUUAGUUUUUGAUCAAGUACAACAUUGGUCAUUCUAUAAGGUUAACUUUAAAUCUGGAUUAAAAAAUAUUUUUAAGGAAGUUCCCCAAGCAUUAAUUCUUGUCCCUGCAUUGCUCGGCCUCAAAGGCAAUUUAGAAAUGACUUUGGCUAGUCGUCUUUCAACGCAAUCAAAUAUUGGAAAAUUGGAUAGUUUACAAGAGGCAUAUUCUAUCAUCAUUGCCAACAUCGCUCUAAUUCAAGCACAAGCCAUUGUUGUGACAUUUUUGGCCACAGCUUCAGCAAUGGCUCUCUCUUGGAUUCCUCGUGGUCAACUUGAUUGGGAACAUGCAACACUUUUGGGCGCUUCUGCUGUUAGUACUGCAUCUUUCGCUUCUUUGGUGCUUUCGUUGGUUAUGAUUGCUGUGAUAAUGACGGCUAAACGCUGGGAUAUUAAUCCUGAUAAUGUUGCUACACCAAUUGCUGCAUCUUUAGGUAUUUUUAUAUUUUUACUUUAUUCUUUCAUAUAUAAGAAUUAA